GUUGAGGAGGCGUAGGUAGCCGCGGCUAGCACUUGAUGAAGUUUGGGGUGAGAAGAAUCACAGCAACUUCUUUGGGUCUUAACGAUGAGUGACCUUUAACUCUGCAAAUGCUUGAAUCAAGGGAAAGAAUAGACUCAACCCCCAAAUACAAACAUCGGUCUUUUAGACUGGAAACUAGUCGGGCUCGGAGCCAGUACCAGCAAUGCCUGUAAGAAAGCAUCCCUACAGGCUGCAGCCUAGCUACGCCAGUUGAAAUCAACGACCACUACAUGCGUCUCUUGUCCAGAGGAUGUGCUGCUGAUUGCACGCAACAUCUCACCCCCCACCAAAACGUGAUUAACGUUGAGUGUGAGCCAGCGUGCAGAGUGAAUAAUGGUGGCAAAAAAUGGUGCUUGAAUUUAGCAUCCUGGUGCAGUGUGUGCCAAAAGGGGCGAGGUUUCCGAAAAGUCUAACAGCCGACUGAUAGUCUGCUGCCGAAAAAUGGAUGCCAAGUUAAAAGAAGACCUGUUCCGGAGGUACGUGACGGCACUAGAGAGGCGCCUGGAGGAGGGAGGGGAAUACUCUUGGAUUGGAAAUGCACCAGAGUGGGACAAAAGCAGAUACAAGGACAGUGAGUCUCUGCUCUCCACAGCCACGGCACUGCUCGGAGCCUACCAGCCAGAUCCGGCACAACGUUUCCACAUGGUGCGUUUCUACGAAUUGGUGGAGAACUCGCUCCGCUGCCAGAGAGGGAGCAACCUCAGGAGCCUGGAGAGAGCCUUCCGUACCCUGGAAACCAUCUGUACCAACCUCCUGCUCUUCCCUUGGAAGAAGGAGUUCAGAUGUAUAAAGACCUUCACCGGCCCAUACGUGUACCAUCUGCAGUCAGCCAUUACCGAAGCUGAACUCCGCUCCCUAAUGCGCACCAUUGGCUACACAUGUGACCAUGAUUUGCAGUUCCAUUUGCAGGAGCACCCAGGAGGAGCGAAUCAUCUCCGCCAGUUGGCGUUUGAGCUCUUCCUGGCCCAGGCAGAGUGUCGCCUUCUGGGAGAAGUAGUGGCUCUAGCCCGUGGCUCAGCCUCCGAGCUGGAGGCCCUGGAGCUUCGCAGAGGCUGCAGGGACGACGCGGCUGGCUGUGCAGAGGCGCUCCGCAGACGUGACAGCCUCGGGGCGGAUAUGGUCCGGCUGUCUGUACGGCCGCUGGAUAUAGAGAGGCCUCACGCUCACCACCUCAGGCGAGGAAGCCGACCGUCGAAGUCUGUGGAUGUUACAGAUGGAGCUGGUCACUGGCACGCAGCAGUUAGCAAGCCUGUCUUAAAGGCCUCAUUGAGCUUGAGGAAGGAGCCUCUGUUUGUGGAUGCAGAGGAGGAUAUGAAGGAUGAGAUCCUCAGGCCCAGCAACUCAGCAUCUCUCUGCUCUGUGGUUGCUCCACCUUCCUUCAGCCCGGUCGCAGAUUUCUUUCCAAUUCAGUCACCUCCUCCGGCUGAUGUUUACACUUCCUACCACCUGUCGUCUUUGGAUGAGAUUGACUUGUACACUGAGCGGGGAGGCGCCGGGACAGGAGGGCGACAGACUCCCUCCCGACCUCCGUCUAGAGAGCCUCGGGAUGCAAGGGACGGCUGGCUGCUCAAAGCCCAUGGCAGUGUGAAGUGUCAGGGUUGCGGACUUGGCUGCUCAUCUAUGGCAUCCUGCCAGAGGUGUGACAUGAUCCUCUGUGCCGCCUGUCACGAUGUGGACCCCUCCCCCUGCUGUGGCCUCCAGGACUACCACCCCAAAUCCCCACGCCCUCUGGACGGAUACAUCCCUGUCAAGGACAAGCUCUCCGUCUACUCCAACACCCACUCGCACUCUCAUCUCCACCCGCACCCCCUCACACUGACUCACUCGCACUCUCACCCCCACCCUCAGCCCCAGAUGGUGGAGAAGCCCCUCUUGUCCACGAAGCUGUUCCCAAGCAAGUCUGUCGCCUUGACAACACCGAAGGGAGGUAGCAGCGAGCGAAUGAGCAUGGGGGGAUCGCGGUGCGGGUUCUGCAACAAGCCAGGUGCAUCGCACACCUGCGUGAACUGCUCCAAGGUGUCAUGUGACUCAUGCAUGGGCCUGUAUGCGAAGGAUAUCUGCACACGAAAGAAUCCCCAGCACAGCUUUGUGCCCAACCAUCAGCUCAACUUCAAAUCUGGCACUAUAUCUCACCUGGUGUACCGAUGAAUCAAGCCGACAGAUUUCUUUUCUUUCUCCCUUAAACCCGUGGUGUAGUGUUAGUACACUUACACUUUUGCUUUCAGCUCCAUCACCAUAACUCAUUCACCAUCUUGCCCUUUAUCUGAUGGACUUUUGUUUUUGCUCUCUCAUAACAUUCUCUUGAACUUUGUACAUUUUCUCUUACUAUCAGUAGGACUCUGGUAUGCACAUGCCACAGAGAGCCAUAUCGCGUGCCCAUCUCUCUGCCUUGUACAAGUUCAGGCCUUUUAUAUCUAUUUCUUCUUCCUUCUUCCUGUCCCUUGCUACCUGCUCUUGAGUAGUCAUGUGAUGUUGUAGCGCUUCCCAAAUCCUUCAAAUUUUUGUCCGUUUUAAAAGGGAAUCUAGGGGAAAAAAGAGAAUUUUUAUGUCGUCUCAUCUUGAAUGAAUUCCGUCCAAAUGAACAUAUUUACUUUGCCUAACUUCUCAGCUAAAGAUUCCUCUAAUAUAUAAAUAAGUAUAUAUAUAUAAAUAUAUAUAUAUAUAAAAAUAUAUACGCACACGAUAUGUGUGUGUGUGAGAGUGUGCGUGAGAGUGUGCGUGUGUGUAGAAAAGACAUUUGGAGCUUGCAUUAUGACAAAGCAGAUCUUUUUAAACUUGAAAAUAGUAAGAUAAAAAAACAGAUAAAACAUACACUGGAAGUCAGUAAAGUGGAUAGUAUAUAUUUUUUAAUCUAUUCUCUAGAACAAUGUGAGACUGUUAAAUGGGCAUGAGGUCUGACAUCAGUGUUUUGGGAUAUGAACUUGUGUUUCUUGGGGUUCGGGGAGGGCAAUAUCUCAACGGGACAUGUUCAGGUCAGACACCAUAUAUUCUAUUUAAAUGACCAUGCUUUUGUAAAUCAACCCCUCUAUAGUUUGUGGUUAUAUGGACUGAGGUUAAAAAAACAACAACGCUGCUCUUGACUUGGGAUAUUGAAGAAUUGCGGUGUGUUGGCUUUAUUCUGAUAAGUAGAUCGUUGAGUUGUGUCAUUUCCAAGCCCCUC